UGGCCUGAGUGUCUUGCUUGCAUUAGUGCUAAUGACCCGAGCCUAAAAUAAAAAUAAAGCCCAGGAGAGACAUCAGGCCAGGCCCAAUAUUAGUUUUGUUGAAUCUGCAGUCACAGAAGAAGAAUUAAGAGGUAAAUGAUCAAAAAGACUAUAACAAGCAGGAGUUCAAAUCUUCACCGUCAAUCAUCACUAUGGAGCAAAUGCAAAGAUCUUCAAUCCCUAAAGCAAAUUCACGCUUUCAUGAUCAUCACUGGUUUCAACUCCAAUCGCAUUGCUCUAAGGGAACUCAUUUACGCUUCAGCUGUUACUUUUUCGACCUCAAUUCACUAUGCACACAAGGUGUUUGCUCAAAUUACUCAACCAGAUCUCUUCAUGUGGAACACUAUGCUUAGAGGCUCAGCUCAAAGUCUCAGACCAUCUUUAGCUGUUUCCCUUUAUACCCAUAUGGAAAAACUUAAUAUACGUCCAGAUAGUUAUACUUUCCCAUUUGUACUUAAAGCAUGUACUAAGCUUUCUUGGAUUGUUUCUGGGCUUACUAUACAUGGGAAAAUUGUGAAACAUGGGUUUGAAUCUAAUAAAUUUGCUAGGAAUACCCUUAUUUAUUUUCAUGCAAAUGUUGGAGAUAUAAGAAUUGCAGGCCAACUCUUUGAUAGUUCAGCUAAGAGGGAUGUUGUUGCUUGGUCUGCUUUGACUGCUGGAUAUGCGAGACGAGGCGAAUUGGAUGUUGCACGGAAGCUGUUCGAUGAAAUGCCUGUGAAAGAUUUGGUUUCUUGGAAUGUGAUGAUCACUGGGUAUGUGAAACAAGGGAAGAUGGAGAAUGCAAGGGAGUUGUUUGAUGUGUUGCCAAAGAGAGAUGUUGUGACUUGGAACGCGAUGAUUUCAGGGUAUGUUCUUUGUGGAGAAAAUGAGAAGGCGUUGACAAUGUACGAAGAGAUGAGAGGUGCAGGGGAAUACCCUGAUGAAGUCACCAUGUUGCACCUUUUAUCCGCGUGCACGGAUUCAGCGUUCUUGGAUGUUGGCGAGCAAAUACAUCGAUCUAUUAUCGAGAUAGGUGCUGGGGAGUUAAAGUUGUUUCUUGGUAAUGCACUUGUAGAUAUGUAUGCUAGGUGUGGAAGUAUUAGGAAGGCACUUGAAGUGUUUCAUGGCAUGAGAGAAAAGGAUGUGUCGUCGUGGAACAUAAUUAUCUUAGGAUUAGCUUUCCAUGGUUAUUCUGAAGAAUGUAUUUCUCUUUUUGAAGAUAUGAGGAGAAUGAAGUAUAUCCCUAAUGAAAUUACUUUUGUUGGUGUGUUAGUUGCUUGUAGUCAUGCUGGAAAAGUUGAUGAGGGCCGAGGAUAUUUCAACAUGAUGAGAGCUGAGUACAAUAUUGAGCCGAACAUAAGGCAUUAUGGGUGUAUGGUUGAUAUGCUAGCACGUGCCGGACAAUUGAAUGAAGCGUUUGAGUUCAUAAACACCAUGGAGAUUGAACCUAAUGCUAUUAUAUGGAGAACAUUGCUAGGAGCCUGUAAAGUUCAUUCCAAUGUUGAGCUGGGAAGGUAUGCUAAUGAGCAGGUACUUAAAUUGGGAAAGGAAGACAGUGGGGACUAUGUCUUGCUGUCUAAUAUCUAUGCUUCGAGGGAUGAAUGGGAUGGUGUUGAAAGGGUGAGGAAGUUGAUGGAUGACAAUGGGGUUUGGAAAGAACCUGGUUGUACUUUAAUUGAGGCUGAUGAUUAUGCUCUCAGGAAUUUUUGUUUUGAUUCCAAAGCUUAAGCAUUCUUGAGAAUAAAAUUAGCAGGCAGAAGCUGAGAAAGACCCCAUGCCUGAGCAUGGAGUAAGCUUAACACCUUUUUCUUAAACUUUAUACGCAUGAAGGUCCAUCCUCUGUGGAAGGGUGUACAAAGACUAUACUUGUGAUCCAAAUUGCAUUUCUCCUGUUUCUUUCAGUACAAGAGAACAUGGAAUUAGCUACGGCAUUUGUCGGUAAUCCUUAGCUAAUCCGUCGCUAAAUAGCUCCUCGCUAAUUAGAUUUUCUUAUAAUCCGUCUCUAAUCCAUAGCUAAAUGAUAUUAGCAUGGGAUUUUGCCGUUUAGCUAUGAAAUUUUGUCCGUCGCUAAUUUCAUAGUUUUCUUAUAUUGUAGUCCAUUGAGGUCAUUGUAUGUCUCAUUUAGAGUUUUAGA